GGGAGAGAGACACAGCGAGACAGUGCUCUGACAUGAACUUCAUCCUGCUCUCCUCUAUGCUCUGCCUUGCUUGCAGUGUUCUAAUCUCUUCAGCAUCAUCAUCCUCUGAGCUGGGUCAUGUGACUGUGAUGUCGGCAUCAGGAGAGGGACUUCAGAGCACACUUGGGGAGGAACCAGAAUCUGAAGACGGGCCUUCAGGACUGUUUACAGGGCCACCGUUAUCCAAAGGUCGAGGCGGCCGCAAGAAACAUGGUGGGAAAAAGAGGAACAAGGCCCAGGUGAGUGUGAGACAGAGGAACAGCACACCUGCACAGAACAUCAACUAUAGUCCCGCCCAUAGUACCUCCCAUAGCUCCGCCCACACCACCAACCACAGCUCCGCCCUCGAUCCCUGUAGCACCUCCCACAGAGAGUACUGCAUCCACGGCUACUGCACCUACUUACACGACCUGAAGGAGCCUGUCUGUGUGUGUAUGAAGGGGUACGAUGGUGUACGAUGUGGUAUCCAGUUACUACACACAGGUUCGGGUUUUGUGGGGCAGGACGAUCACCGUGACGACACACUGCACAUCACACUCAUCACCAUCACUGUUGUCCUGUCAAUCAUCAGCUGCUCCGCCCUCCUUCUCAUCAUCUGUGUGCACUACAGAGCUCAGCACAGUUUCCAGGCAGCGUUCUUCAGUUCCGCUGAUGAAAAUGACAAACUUCAGAAGAACAACAGUGUUGUGUGACAGAUCGCCUCCUGCAGACACAGCAGAACGAGCGGAGCGUGCACAGUUUUGGAGAAACACACUACACGCUUCACCCUGAAUAUUUAUUUAUUUAUUGGAAAUGUAUUUUAUAUUUAAUUUUUUUUCACUGUGUGUGAUGUAGAACAGUAUCAGUACACAGAACCGAUGAUGAUGAUGACGAUCGCUCCUCACUCUCAUGACAUCACUUCCUGUUAACCUGCGGUGUGUGUGAGAGCUCCUCCUCACUGACGCAGACUGUAGAGAGAACGUGUGAUGUUUGGACGAGUCGUUUAAAGGUGCAGUGUGUAAGGCUUAGCCCCCUCUGCUGCCUGCCAGGAGAACUGCAACUGCAUGAAAUCACACCUGCGAUGAGUCUGUGUGUAGGAUAAAGUGGGUGUCGCUACUUACAGCAGCAGAAUACUGAACCUGUUACACACCGCCCCUUUAAUCUGUGCUGCUCACGUUGCUGCUCCUCGCACAUCUACAAACAUUUCACUUUCACACACACUCUCAUGUUUGUAACACUAAUUCUGAUGCUGGCUUAAAUGUGUGGCUCACUUGUUAGGGAAUAAACGCAGUACAGUUGUGUAACCGUGGUAACCAAUUAUGUGUAGAGCACCAA